AUGCGGUUCACGAACCCAUUCUCGCAUCCCCCACGGGACACAUACGAGCGACACUCUCUCAUCGCCGAGCAAGAUGGCCGAGCUUCACCGUCAACAGAAUCGCUGGACGAGAUCAUCGACAUUGAGAAGCGCGAAUACCCCUUCCUCGUCUCGGUGAGAUCCGCAAGAAACUCAGUAUCCUCGUUCCUCAACGAACACCUCCACCUCGGGGGCGACCUGACAUGGACGGACCGCCUCCUCACACUCCUCACCACAUUGAAGCCAUUCGUCUUCCUCUUCCUUCCUACAUUCUUCAUCAGCCCCUUCAACUACUUCACCACACCCCUGGGCCAGCGACCAAAGCCCAGAAAACUAGGUCCGACAGCAUAUCUAGACGGCCUCCGCGGCGUCGCAGCCUUUGUGGUCUACAUCUUCCACUUCUCGUACCUUUGGUUCCCAGACCUUCGCUGGGGCUAUGGUUUCGCGGGCCACCAGAUGUUCUGGCAGAUGCCCAUCGUCCGGGCCCUGCACUCCGGACGCGCCAGCGUCACCGUCUUCUUCGUCAUCUCAGGCUUCGUCCUCACCCUCAAAACCGUAUCGAUGAUCCACAAGCGCAAGAUGGACCAGGCUCUGAGCGCCCUGGCCGGCUCCGCGUUCCGCCGCCCGUUCAGAUUGUACCUCCCCAUCUUUGCAUCGACCUUCAUCAUCGCUCUCUUAGUAUAUGGGGGAGAAUACGUGAGGGACCCCUCGGGUGCGCCCGUACCGCCCCGGGGACCGAGUCUUGACCAGCAACUGCAGCACUGGUUCUGGAGCACGGUCAACUUGAUGAACCCUUUCCGAGCUAUUGUCAACAGAGAGAACAUGAAGGGAAGCGAGUACGACGGGCAUCUCUGGACGAUUCCCGUCGAAUUCAAAGGCUCGCUGCUUGUCUUCUUCCUCUUGCUCAUCUUUGCUCGAGCAAAGAGGUGGGUUCACAUGGUCGGUGUCACGGGCAUCACUCUCUGGCUGGUCCACAUCGGCGACUGGGACCAGGCUCUCUUCUGCGCCGGACUCCUCCUCGCAGAGCUCUCCAUUAUCAUGCCCAACACCGCCCCGACAACGGAGACGACGGAAGACCAGCUCCCCAGCUAUAGACUGCGCACCGUCAAGAGGUACGGCUCGCAAUCCAUCCACAUCUUCCGCCACGCAGGCACAGUAGCCCUCUUCUUCCUCGGCCUCUAUCUCUUCUCCUACCCAGAGUACUACGGGGCAUCGACCCCGGGCUUCAUCACAAUCUCGCAAUGGGUACCAGACUACUACAAAGCAAUGGGCGACCGCACCCAACUCUACUGGAACUCCAUCGGCGCCAUCAUCUUUAUCUUCGCCUUGAUGUACUCCCCGCCCGCCGAACCUCUCCUCCAGCGCCCCUUCACAACGAGCUUCGCGCAGUACCUCGGACAAAUCUCUUACUCGCUAUAUCUGUGGCACGGCGCCAUCAACCACAUGGUCGGCGUCAGGUGGCUGUCGCCGGCGCACGCCGCGUUGUCGCUUGCCGGUGCCCAGGCCAAGCUUGCGUUCUUCUGGGGAUCGUUGGUGAACACGUUGGCUCUGUUGUGGGCGAGCGAUGUCUUUAAUCGGAUAGUUGACGUAAAUGCUGUCAAGUUGACUCGAUGGCUUGGCGAGAAGGCAUGGAGGAAGGAUUGA